GCAUAUUUUUCAAGCCUGCCCGGUGUGGAUAUACACUCAGAGUAACAUCACACAAACAUUUUACAUAUAUGUCAGUUUGGUAAGGGUUAUACUACACCAUUGAUAAAUAAGUUUGGACUGUAAAUGAUAUUCUAUGCAUGCAGUAUCAAAUUUUCUACCUGGAUGAGGGAGUAUAAAACAUGAUACAAUGGCCCUUUUGACUUCAAAACACUGCAUCAAAAUAACUACAGAAGUUUAAAGUGCAUUAUGCAUAUUUUAUAUAGCCCUGGGUAUGGCAGCCCCUGUUUCUAAAUCUCGAUCUGCUGACAGUGCUGUGUUUUCAGGAAGACCAAAACUUCUUGAUAGUGAAGAUGAGCAAUUUAUUUGCAAGGCAAUAGAGGAAAAAGCCACUUACCAUGGCCAUCGUUCAGAGCCAACUAUGUUCACCAACAGACGAGUUAAAGUCCGAGAUCUGGUUGGUAUUGCCAAUUUCCACCUCACCAAACGAGGUAAACCUACUUUGAAGUCAUCAACAACUGUGCUGAACCGGUCAAGACCCAGAAACAAAAGAAGUAUACAGAGACGAAAGCAUAUAGGUUGGUAUGAAUACCUAUAUUAAGUGGGUUGCUGAAUGAAGUGCAUGAGUGUGUAAAAUUCUAUUCGCAAUUAGAAAAUUUGUUGUUUUAAAAAAUUACUGGUUUGUAUUAAAUGUUGGUUUGUUGACACAAUUUUAGGGAAGGGGCUGUUUUGCUGUCGUAAGCCACCAAAAACUGAGAAGGCAUUAAAUGAAAACACCCACUACCAAAGGGCUCACAAAAAGAAUGUCGUGAUGUCUUUCUUCUCAUCAGAUAGCAGAACAAAACCAAAGUAUUGUUUUGCCCGGAGCAUUGAUGACAAAGCUUACUUAAGGCCAGGUAAUUUUACAUUUCUGUUAAUUAUAGUAAAGUGCUACUGCAAUAAAAAACUUAUCCAUGACCUAGUAUAUCAGUGAAAUGUCAAAUUUAGAUAGAUGUCUUUUUGUAGUAGCAGAGCAGUAGUGUUUUGUUCGAUAGGAGUUAGCUCCUACUUUUUCCACGACAUCCAUUUUGUCAUUGUAAAAUAACAAUGCAGCACCGUUGUUAUUACAAUACUUUUUGACUUUUGUCGACCCAGGAACUAGCGAAGGCUUUGGAAACACCAGAAAAACGCGAAUACUUACUCCAUCUGCAUAAAAAAAAAGCGAGAAAGUUGCCCAUGUAUGACUGGCCGGAGAAAAUGGUUUAUAUAACACCUUCAACUCACCGAAUUCUGCACAAAGAAGGUAGGAACAGUAACAAUGAUUGGCAAGUAGAGCUGGCCCAAUACUCCUAGGCCCAUACUGUAUAUGCUUAACCUAUUGGUCAACAAUUGAUUAAUAGGCCAAUGAAUUAACGAAAAAAGUAUCUUCCAAUAUGAGAAAUAUAAUAUUAACAAAGACUCAUACUCAUAUAAAAUAAUUGUCUUCAAUGUAUUUAAACUAUAAAAAGGCUGACAACAUUAACUCAAACAAUUUACUAAAAUGUGAAUAAAAAUUUAAUAGCUGUUCUCAAUGAACCAACAUUUGGUCGCGGCGUAGCGCAGUAAUCGAUUGCCGGAAAAUGUGAUCAAUCUUUGAAUUAAUCGAUGCAUUGAGUGCAGCUUUAAUUUUAAACUACCCUUUAAGUGUUAAUAAAUAAAGUGCUACAGUACAUAUUUUAUUGAUUCAUUACUGACUGUACUUCUUAUAUUUGAAAUUUUAUAUUAGCCGUCACUGUACAAGGUGAAGAAAAACUCGUCAAUGAAGAUGACACGCACGUUGUGUUCAUUUGACCGAAGGCGUUUGUAGAUUCAUCCAGUACAACAUGGGCCAAUGAAACUGAGGAACUGAGACCUAAGCUUCCAGAUAAGUUUGAAGUUGCUAACGAGAACGAUCCCAAAUAUUCCGCAGAGUUUAGAGGCACUUGUGCCCGUGUGCAUGAUGACACAAAACUUUUUGUGGAAAUGACAAAUGAAGAUGACUUAGCAAAUGUAACCUCUUGCAAAUUUCCCGAAAACCCAUAUUGUCAGUACGAGAAAGAGAGACUCUCGCAUUUCAUGAUUCACUUGGAAUCAUCCUUGUCUUUGUGUGGUCGCUUCAAUCUAAACGAAGCUGACUUAAAGCUACUUGCAACAGCAAUGAUCCCUAUAAAGUUGACUGAUAUAAUUGAUACUGCUAAAGCUCUGCGUGACAAUUUCCCUUCAGAAGCACAUCAGGUGCAGCCGAAAUACGAUGCUCUUUUGAAAAAAUGCCAUUCUCUUCUUGAGGGGAUUGCAGAGCUGAAGUUUCCGCCUGUGAAACCAAGAUGGGCGGAUUUUACCGACGCUGGACCUGGAGUUGCUUGUAACAAUUUCGAAGUACAGUUCAGGGAUGCUGAGUUAGCGAUUAUCCAUAACAGUGACUAUCGGAUCAGACUGCAUUCUUCCAGGGGUAAUUCGUCUGAUAACGAGGCCGAGAGAACUAACAGCACAAUCGGCGACAGUAUCGUAGAUGGCGCAACACUCCAGUGGAACAAACAUAAACGCUUUGAUGGACUAAGUGAUGAAGAUAUAAGUAAACUGACGGUGAAAGAGUUUGAAGAACACAAGACGGAUAGAAUGGAGAAGAAUGCGUGGUACUGUGCUAAUGAAAUUCGCAAUAGGGUUGAUGGGGCACCAGUGUUUAACGAGUUUAUUAAAUGUUAUUUAACUCCAAAGCAAAGCCCUUUCUUUUUCAACAAGAAAGACUUGAAACAAUUUCAAAGUUGUACUGCCGCUGAGUCAAAACAACAGGUUCCUGGUUACCACUACAUAACGAAUGUUUUAAACUUUAUUGAAAGACACUACAGAAUUGGUGAACUAUAUAUGGAAUAUAUAAGGGACGGAUGUCGGGAAAAUGGAGAGGUAUGCAAGAAAUGUAGUGAAAAGGACUGGGUUGGACCCAGGUUCUCCAGAGUUCGUGCCCCGUAUCCAGAUCCUGAUAAGCCAGGGCAUUAUAUGAGUGUUUUCAACACACCAACCACAGACAAUAACGGGCAGUUAAGGGAAGUGGAUGAUGUCGCUCCCAGGGCAGUGAUAAAGCGUCUAUAUAAAGCUGGCACGAUCUUAUCGGACAAUGUCAAACAACUUAAAGAAGUAUCCAGUCGCUAUUGUGUUGAAGAGAAGGAUGUUGCAUCAUAUGUUAAACACCUUGAAGAGUUGAAAAUGAUGUCUGCUAUCAGGGAAAACGAAAGAAAGAGUGCAGCAAAACCUAUGAGGACUACGAUUGGAAUACCCUCAUUGAUUCAGGAAAACUAAAUUCAUUAAAAGUGAUGGAACUUGACAAGUACCUUAAGAGACACAACCUGUCCACUAUCGGAAAAAAAGAGGAUAAAAUCAAACGAAUUAAAGCAGAUUUCUACAUAAAUAGGACCAACGACGCAGCCAUUGAUGCAGAAACUUCAGAUGAUGAUACUUUGUCAGGAGAUGGUGAAUCCGAUUCUGACGAUGAUGAAGUACUUCAGAUAAUUCCAGAAGGCGAUGAAGACGACAAUUCAACUCAGGGAAUGUCUGAGGAUUCUGAUGAAGAAAUUGCAAAUUUGCCAACGAUACACAGCAGAAGAGCAGCUAGUUUUCCACAUGCAAGAUACGAAGACUAUUAUGUUAAUUAA